UGUUGAUUUAGCUCUAGUUAUAAGUUAAUCUAACUCUUCCUUUCCUGUACUUGGAAAGCACUGUAGUUGUGAGCGUAGCACUUUAGGUGAAACUGGGUCACAAGGUGCUCUCAUGAGUUGAACAUCACCUAUUUUUUUCCUGAUGCUUUUAAUUUUACCUGUGAAUAAGCUCAUCUUCUCUACUGAACUGUGAUGGAACAGUGUGUUCACUAUAAACUGAUCCUGAUUAAGAAGAAUCUGACCUGGUGGGAAGCUCUGACAUACUGCAGGAACCAUCAUCAUGACCUGGUGUCAGUGUGCACUGAGGAGAUGCAGCUCUGGGUGAAGGAAGUGACUCAAAACGCCUCCACUGAACACGUGUGGCUCGGCCUGCGUCACGACUGCACCCAGCGUGUCUGGUUCUGGGUUGUUGGAUCAAUAAUCUGCUAUCAGGGCUGGGCACCAGGGAAUGGGACCUGGAAUGAAGACUGUAGUCAUGAGGAGAGAAGCGGAGCAGUGCAGUCUGGAGGAGAGCAGAAGUGGAUCGAGCUGCCUGAGAGCCAGAAGCUCAACUUCCUCUGCUCUACCUAUGAUGAUUUGUUUUAUUAAACUUGAAGACUGAAGACAAGUUGUGGUCCAUCAUCUGUGUCCAGCAUCAGCUGAUCUACAGCAAUGUCUCAUUUAUAUUCUUCUACACAUUAUUAUUAUUAUUAUUAUUAUUAACCAAAUGUUCCCUGCAGACUCUCACAGUAUGUUUGGUUACGGUUCCUCCUGCAGGUGGUGGGCUCACGUGAGAUGGGCCCCAUGUCGCUCCUUGGGCUGAGCCCGGCCAGGCCCCGUGGGGUAAGACCCGGCCACCAGGCGCUCGCACGCUGGGUCCAGGGUGGGGCCCCGGUUGCACCUUACCGGGCCACAUCACGGACAUUGAAAAUCUUCAUGGUCUAGAAAAAUAUUAAGUUAGUGAAACUUGUAUAUCUAGUGAGCAUCUUUUAAAAGCUGAGUAAAGAAGGAAUUUGCCGGGACUUGUUUUUCUGCCAGAGCGGGACUACUAGGAGCCAGAGAAACAGGAGAAUCGAGGCUAUAUAGGUAAGUUAAAAUUUUUGCUUUGUCUUAAUCUUAGCAGCUACCAACUGUCUACACAAAAAAUCAUUGAAUUAAGUAAAGUUGGCGCAUAUUCACAGAUUCAAAUUUCCGGAGUCAAUAACUCCUGAGCUAAAUGCUGUUACUACACAAAUAUCACCUCUUUUCUAUCAUAGUAAUGUAGAGAGGCAGCUACAACCCAAUUUUCCUCAAAAUCAGCUUUCCUCCAUGGGGGACAAAAUACAUAUGAAUCUACAUAUGAAAGACAAUGAAUAUGCGGCCAACUUUACUUAAGUAAAUCGUUGUUGUCACACACUAAACUGAAAAGACCAUUUGAUCUAAGCUAGUUCAUCGAUUCUAAAGUUAAUAGCCUUUUAGCUAGCUAGUGUGUUCAAAAUAGACUUUAUGUUUUGUUUUACAAUGGCAGCUGAAUGAUGUUAAUUGACAUCGAACAUGUUUAGUGUCGUCCGAAUUUAAAGUUUACACUGGGUUGAUUAAGACAGACAGA